UCCCCUUCCCCACCGCGCUGUGCCGCCCACACGACUCCUCUCCCUCUCCCGGACCGACGGAGCCAGCCAGCCAAGCGAGCAAGCAGCAGCAGCCCUCCGGCGACUCGGCGAGGAUGGAAAUGCUCUUCAGCAGCCUCUUCUGUGAUUCCGCAUCGUCGGAGAACUUUUCUGGUCAUCCGGAUGUUGAGAGAUGCCCAUUCCUGAGGAACAUCAAUGGAGCUACAACCUUCUCAUUUUCCUCUGCUUUGCCUGUAGCUGCCCGAGGAGGCAAGGGUCCGAUCUUUGAGGAUGGUCCAGGCUUUGAAUCGGCAUUCAAGCUUUUCCAUGGACAGGAUGGGAUAGUUCCCCUUUCAGGAAGAUCAUAUGUGCAUGAUGAGAACCGCAUUGAAACCACCAAUGCCAAGCCUGAACCUGCUCUGCCCUUUAAUCCAUUGGCUGCCAGAGCCGCCACCAUAAGUCUAUCAGGUUUUGGACCAUUCGGCUUUAACUUCUUCAAUGGCAAGGGCAAAAAGCAGAACAAGAAGCCCAACAAUCUAGACCAGUCACAGAAGAAGCCCAGCAAACCGGACCAGAAUUCGAUGAAACAGAAAGGAGGCAACCCACCAUCACAUGAGUCAUUGAGUGAUGAAUGGCUAGAGAACGGGCAGUGCCCACUUGCUCGGUCUUACCGGGCAAUGAGUGGUGUUUUGCCCCUUGUCGCCAAGGCUUUACAGCCACCGGCUGGUAUGAAGCUGAAGUGCCCGCCUGCUAUUGUUGCUGCACGGGCAGCCCUUGCUCGUACGACUCUUGUGAAGUCCCUACGUCCCCAACCCCUUCCUUCAAAGAUGGUAGCCAUCGCGUUGCUCGGGAUGGCAGCAAACGUCCCUCUAGGGGUGUGGCGUGAGCACACAAAGAAGUUCUCCCCUCAGUGGUUUGCAGCCGUCCACGCAGCCGUUCCAUUCAUCGCAAUGCUGAGGAAGUCUGUCAACAUGCCCAGGACUGCCAUGGUAUUCACCAUAGCAGCCUCCAUCCUUGGGCAGACUAUCGGGUCAAGGGCCGAGCGCAUCCGCCUGAAGACUCUGGCUGCAAAGAGCACCACCGACCUUGCUGCCACAAAUGCUGCCAUGUAUCCAAACAAGAACUGCGGUUGCAGCGACAGUGAGGGCAAGGCGUGGGAUCCCCUUGCGCUGAAGAUGCCUGGCUCCGUUUCUGGCAGUGCUCCUGCACCAUCCCCUAGCCUGUGUUUCUGACUUGGGCCGCUUGGAAGUACAGAUCUCUAUUUAUCGUGUAUGUAAUUGCCUUGCCUGUCCCUGGAAAGCAGAGCCGUUUCAGCGGUUUUUAGGGGGCGACAAGUGGAAUAAGGUGCUAUAGUACCAUUGUUCUCCUGUUUAACUUGUGAUGAUGAUUGUCUGUCAGUUCAUGCAUCUGUAAUUUGAUGCUGCUGUAUUCCUAUCGAAACAAUUAUAUUGUGGUUGUCCUUUAAAAGAAUUUGUUAUAUUA